CACUACUAUAUAACAAAUAAUUUGAGGGUAACAAUGGUCACAGCUGGGGUUUCUGUUUUUGUUCUCUGUUUGACAUUCAUUACGGUGUCACAAACAGGGCCCGCUCUUGAGGCCUGCCAGAUCUUAGAGGUCAGUCCCACGGCUGCGGACGGAAAGCUCAUUCGAGUCGGAUGCGGUGAAAAGACUGUUUCAAUCGACCUACUGGAGGGAGGAUCAUAUUCCACACUAAAAGUAAUCGGCGAACAGGGCAGAAACCUUCUGACAGUGGACUACUUCAAGAACUCGAGGGAAAUGUUCCUCGUUAUCGAGGGAGAACAAUUCGAUGCAAAAGAUGAAAAGAGUAAGGCAAAGGAAGGAGAAAAAUUCAAAGAGUUGUUGGACGAUCCCGAUUUCGAGUUUUUCCCCGAGGCUGUUCGACUUAUUCAUGACCAGCUUCAGUUGAAAGGUUGGGAAUCUCCAGCUGUCAUGUUUCUUUACAGAAUGGGUAUCGCAGCUGAGAACUACCACACCAAAAUAAACAAAAAAGGUGAUACGGUGCUCAAGAAAAGACUUUUUGGUUGGGGAAAAGAACAAAUUGCAGUUGACCCCAACACAUAUAAGUAUCACGGCAGUAAUCCAACUAAGAAGUGCACAUAUAACGGAUGGUCGGACCCAAGCAUGGACAAUCUCAUAAGUAACGAGUGUAGAGGUGUCUGCGGACAGGUAUGUUCUGCAUGUUGGUUGUGGGUAUGUGGAGACUGCUGCAUGCACACAGGCUGCAAACGACACGACGACUUCUGCUCCAAUUACUUCUCGUCGGACUGUUUAACUGCUCGAGGAGUGCUUUGGGAUACCAUAACGGACACUCCUAUGGAUUGCUAGAUCAAUUUCACUCAUCUUUGACGAAUCAGAUGGCGGAUGAUUAGAUUCUCGCCGAUUAAUUCGAUCACCAUCAAAUAGUUUUUAAACCCAUAUGUUAUUAGUGAACAGUUGUUUAGAUAGUGUUAGAUUUUAUCCUAGGGUAAUCUCAAAUGCCAGACCUACGAUAUACAAUUUUAAACCUUUAAAGUUCAGCAAUUUCAAUCAUAUUUAUUUUUAUGCUUAAUAAAUUAGAUAUUUAUUUAUUGAAUCAUUACGUCUUGUCAAAUACAAUUUAACUUCAUUAUCUUUAUCAUCUUUCCAGCAA